AUGGAAGAUGGGAAUUGUAGUAUAUGUCAACAAGUUCCUGAAUCAGUUGUUCACAGGCUAUGGGAAUGUGGUGCGGCACAAGAUGUUUGGGCUAGAUGUCCGACUCAAAUAGAGAAGUGUGCAAGUGGUCAGGACGAUAUAUUGCAGCUGUUUAUAACUAUGUUGAACAAGCUGUCCACUGAGGAGUUUGAACUUUUUCUAGUCCAAAGUUGGCUAAUUUGGAACCAAAGAAAUACAGUUGUCCAUGGAGGUAAGUUACAAGACCCGAAUCAACUAAAUAUAAGAGCAAGGGACUACUUAGAGGAGUAUAAGGAGGCUCAAAACCAUCUUGCCAUUCCGGCACAUGCAAAGCCUAGACAGUCGUGGAGGCCACCCUCUGGGUCUGUUUACAAAUUAAAUUUUGAUGCUGCUAUAUUUACACCGAUGGGUGCAUCAGGUUGUGGUGCAGUGGUUCGAAAUGAGACGGGUUUAGUGAUGGUUGCUUUAUCGGCUAAAGGAUCUCCAGUAAUGGAUAGCGAGGAGGCAGAGGCAAUGGCAUGUCGGAAAGCAAUGGAGUUUGUGGUGGAGGCAAGCUUCUCAAAGAUUAUUCUUGAGGGAGACAAUGUAAAUGUUAUGAAAGCAAUUUCAUCCCCAUCUAUCAAUUUGUCUUGGUUGGGUUUGAUAUAA